AUGACUACCAACGAGCCCUUGCUUACGCCGCUUAACGGCUACGUUGGGUUUGACACCCUUACAAAGCAGUUUGAGGCCAAGAUGCUGCGCCGUGGUUUCCAGUUCAACCUCAUGGUUGUCGGACAAACCGGACUUGGCAAAAGCACCAUGGUCAACACGCUCUUUUCCUCCGACAUGCUCGCUAGCCGGGGCCGUGAUGACCCUUCUGACCCCGUCCCGCAAACGACUACGAUCAACUCGUCUUCACACGUGAUUGUCGAAAACAACGUCAAGCUGCGGCUCAACAUUAUCGACACGCCUGGAUACGGCGACUUGAUGAACAACGAGCACUGCUGGGAGCCGAUCGUCAAGUAUAUCAAAGACCAAUACAGUAUUUAUUUGCGCAAAGAGCUGACUGCUGUGCGCGACCGCCACAUCCCCGACACGCGUGUACACGCCGUGCUCUUUUUCAUCAACCCAUCCGGCCAUUCGCUGCGCCCCAUCGACAUCCAGGUGUUGAAAAAGCUGGGCGACAUUACGAAUGUGAUCCCUGUCAUUGCUAAGGCAGACUCGAUGACAAUCCCUGAGCGUGAUUCGUUCAAGAAGCGUAUCCGUGCCUCGCUGCAAACCAACAACAUCCGCGUCUACCCGUUUGACCACGACGACUACAACGACGACGAGAGGGAGGCCAACAGCGUGGUCCAGGCGCUCCUUCCGUUCGCCAUUGUGGGUGCAUCGAACAUCUACGAAGUGGACGGUAGGCUGAUUCGUGGCCGCCAGACGGGUGCUGGUCUGAUCAACAUCGAGGACAAGAGCAUGUGCGAGUUUACCCAUCUGCGCGAUUAUUUGCUGCGCAGCAACCUCCACGACCUGAUCGACACGACUGCCUACACCUACUACGAGUCGUUCCGUUCGAAGCAGCUACUUGCACUCAAGGAGAGCAGUGCGAAGCAGCAGGCACAGGCACAGGCCGCAGCCGCAGCGCAGCAGCAGUACAGCGCAUCGCACGCGCAGUACGCCUAA